AUGCCCAAACACUACUGUGACUAUUGCGACGUCUUCUUGACUCACGACUCUGCUUCAGUGCGCAAAGCACACAACAGUGGUCGCAAUCAUCUCGCCAACGUUCGGGACUAUUACGCCUCACUUGGCCACGACAAGGCUCAGUCUAUCAUUGAUCAAAUUACGACUGCAUAUGAGUCAAGCGGUGGGCCUCCUCCAGGCGGUUUCGGAUUUGGGCCGCAACAUCUAGGAGGACCCCCACCACCACCUAUGGGCUUCGGAGGGCCGCCGCCGUUUGGCCGUCCUCCCUUCCCCCCAGGUCCUGGCAUGCCGCCGCCUCCGGGAAUGAUGGGGCCUCCCCCCUUCCCCCCGAAUGGUCCCCCAGGAAUGGGCCCACCAGGUUUCGGAGGUCCCCCUCCUUUCCCACCUAACGCAGGCGGUCCCCCCGGUGGAGCAAUGCCUCCGUUCCCUCCCAAUGGCAUGAACGGUCCUCCUCCAGGUGCGCUCCCCAUGGGUCCGCCAGACGCCCCCUCAGGGCCAGCGUCUGGACCUACUAUUCAUCCAGAUAGGCUGCGGAUGAUGGGAAGCAGAUAA